AGUCGAACGACAUGGACAAGACCCCUGAGAGUAUGAGUACCAGUAAGAAAAAAAGCUCCUUAUUUGGGUGGAAGUUUAUUGUAAGGACAUUAUCUUUAUUGCCGAUCCAAACAAAUUGACUUUGCUCCGGAGAGUAAACAACGCUCGCGCUCGAAAUGUCAGUCCGGAGAAGAUUCCUGAGAAACCACUGAAACCACGCCCACCGGCGUGCAACUUUCCUGAAGCCCCGCCCACGAAUGAAACAAGCCGCUCUGUGAGAUGUAUGGGAAAAGCUGAAUCCACGCCCACACACGCUCUGAUUGGACGGCUUUUGGUUUUUUAACUUUGCCGUCAGCGCGCGCCGGAGGACCGAAAUGAACGGCGCGGCGAUGCUCUCGCGCUAAAGUUUUUUUUUUGGAGGGUUUUUUUUCUCCAUUCCCUACAGAGAGACUGCGGCUUUAUGGGGCCCCGAGCGGCGCGAGCAUGAAAAGCGAGGACGUCACUCCUUCGCACGACAUGCAGAGCGGAAAGUCCAGAGGAGCCGCGCUGCUGCCGUUUAGCGUCGAGGCUCUCAUGGCGGACCGGACCCCGAACCGGACCCCGAACCAAGCGGAACAAACCGGUGGCUCACGCGCGCUCUGGUGCGAAGACGCAUCCUUCUUCUCCCGCUCGGUGGCGCGCGAAGGAGAUGCGUCACCGGAGGAGAAGAGUCCUGAGCGCGCGGACCGGAGCUCGUGGACGGACAGUUCCCGUUUCUCCCCUCCGCCUGCAAGGCGCCUGAGUCCCCCCGCGUGCCCCCUGAGGAAACACAAGACCAACCGGAAGCCUCGCACCCCGUUCACCACGUCACAGCUGCUGGCCUUGGAGCGGAAGUUCCGGCAGAAGCAGUACCUGUCGAUCGCGGAGCGCGCCGAGUUCUCCAGCUCGCUCAGCCUGACGGAGACGCAGGUGAAGAUCUGGUUUCAGAACCGGCGCGCCAAGGCCAAGCGGCUGCAGGAGGCCGAGCUCGAGAAGCUGAAGAUGGCCGCCAAGCCCAUGCUUCCUCCGUGCACUUUCGGGAUUUCCUUUCCGCUUGGGCCGCACGUGCCCGCGUCGUACGGUGGAGGCGGCGGCGCGCACGCGUUCCAUAGAACGUCAGUACCUGUGUCACCUGUCGGACUGUACGCGGCCGCGCACAUGGGAUACAGCAUGUAUCACUUAGCGUGAGGCGCGUGCCAAAUCAUCGGUUUCUUUUAUUUAAAACAAAAAUAUUUUUACCGAAGAAUUCAGACGGAGAAAACUUGGAAAGCAUAAACACUUCCUCUCAUGCGCCACCAAAUCCGAGUCUCCAGGUGCCAUUUUAAUUCACAUAAAUCACUGAGCGUAUGGUUAUAAAGCACCUACAACACACACACACACACACACACACGCGCACACAAGUGCACGUGCGCGCACGCACCCUAUUUGUAUGCAUUCAUUGCAAUGCGCCAGAUCCAGUACAGUUUCAGCACGUGCUGAUGGGUGAACUGUAAAAUAUUGUAUAUUACGGGGAAAAGUUUUUAUAUGAUUAUAUUUGUUGAAUAAAUUAACAUGAAAUGGUU